AUGAAACUUUUCAAUCAAUUGGCAGUUUUGAUAAUUGCAGCCUCUGUACCUGUCUUUUCAUUUUCAAUCUCAAAUUUAAUCCCCCAUCCUAACGAUAAUGUAUUACAUUUGGAUUUAAAUCAUCAAUUAAGAAUCCAACAAUUGAAUCCUAAAAGUUUAGGCUUGGAUGUGGUUAAUCAAUAUACGGGGUAUUUUGAUAUUGCCGAAUCCAAACAUUUAUUCUAUUGGUUUUUUGAAUCGAGAAAUGAUCCCCUUAAUGAUCCAAUUGUAUUAUGGUUAAAUGGUGGACCAGGUUGUUCAUCCACCACUGGAUUAUUCUUUGAAUUAGGUCCAUCUUUCAUUAAUGAAACUUUACAACCUCAAUAUAAUCCAUAUAGUUGGAAUUCAAAUGCAUCUGUGAUCUUUUUAGAUCAACCUAUUGGGGUGGGAUAUUCAUAUUCUGAUGAUCCAUUAUCAGUUAAUGUCAAUAGUACUGAUAUUGCAGGUAAAGAUGUUUAUAUAUUUUUAGAAUUAUUCUUUAAGAAAUUUCCCCAAUUUUUAAAUAACAAAUUUCAUAUUUCAGGUGAAUCAUACGCUGGUCACUAUAUCCCUAAAUUCGCUAGUGAAAUCAUAAAUCAAAAGGAUAGAUCAUUCGAAUUAGCCAGUGUCUUGAUUGGGAACGGUAUAACUGAUGCCAUUCAACAAUAUAAAGCUUUAAUUCCUAUGGCUUGUGGUCAAGGUGGAUAUCAUCCUAUCAUUAGUGCUGAAGAUUGUCAACAUCUUGAAGAUAUUUAUCCUGAAUGUAAAGUUGGUUUAGAUGAAUGUUAUGCUGAUCCAACUAAUGCUACUGUUUGUGCUACUGCAGAUUCAUUCUGCUCUAAAGCCAUGUUUGGACCCUUUGAUAAAACUGGAUUAAAUCCAUUUGAUAUUAGAGUUCCAUGUCAUGAAAGUCCUGAUGAUACUGGUGAUUGUUAUAAACCUAUUGAUUACGUAUCUGAAUAUUUAACUCUUCCAUCCAUCAAACAAGUGGUCGGAGUUGAUCCUAAAGUGAUUGGUGAAUUUUCCGGAUGUUCAUCAUCUGUAUCUCGUUUAUUCCAUUCUGUUGGUGAUAAAGCCAUCCCUCAUCAACAAUUCAUUACUGAAUUAUUAGAAACCAAAGUUAGAGUAUUGAUUUAUGCUGGUGAUAAAGAUUAUAGAUGUAAUUGGGUUGGAAAUUAUGAAUGGACUAAUAAUUUACCUUACUCCGGUCAUUAUUUCUUUAAUAAACAACCAUUAAAACCAUGGAAAAUCACUUCAAAUGAAGUUCCAAGUGGAGAAGUUAAAUAUUAUGAGAAUUUCACCUUUUUAAGAAUUUAUAAUGCCGGUCAUAUGGUUCCUCAUGAUAAACCAAGAGAAUCUUUACAUAUGUUAAAUUCAUGGUUAAAUGAUGAGUUAUACUAG